AUGGGGACCUGUUCUAGCGUAUCCGUCUCAAAUAUUUCAGUGCGACUUGAUGACACCGGCAAAAAUGCAUACUAUACAGGUGACACUAUUUCGGGUGUGAUUGAAUUUACUAAUACUGAUCCUACUGAAUUGAAAUUCGAUAAGAUAACAGGCGUAUUCGCUGGCAAGUGUGUCUAUGUCACACGGCGUCAUAUACGCAAUGGAGAAGAGAUAACAAUUCACACAUUGCCGUUAUUCUCUGCACCGUUGAUUCCAAAUUCAAUCAAUGAUCUUAGUCAGCGAACACUUUCACCUGGCAAGCACACUUGGCCAUUUAGUUUUACUCUGCCCCAGUAUCUUCCACCUUCAAUUACAGAACAAACAACCUAUGGACAAUAUAUUAAAUACUACAUACACAUUGAAAUUAUCCGGUCAGAAAUAUAUCGAAGGAACAUUGAAAAAACGCUUCCAUUUUUUAUUCAACAUUCUUCAUCAAUUGUAGCGGGAACUCGAAUUGAAGAUAAAAAAAACAAUAGAAACGGUGUUUGCCUACGUGCCUAUUUCGAAAAUAAUAUCGCUAUUCUCGGAACAUAUUGUACACUUCAUUUGGAAGUCGACAAUCCAAAUGCAUCCAAGAUAAAUCGAAUAUCAACUGAACUCAUUCAAUCUCGAAAAUUUUCUAUUGCGGCAAAAGAAGAAUUAACUGUAAUGACACAGGAAAUGCCGGAUAGUAAAAAACUUAAAGGCAAGCAAGUGAAUACUCAAAUGAAUAUUAUUUUACCAGCUACUCUUCCAGCAACGUACUCAUUUUAUCCUGCUGGAUGGUCCAAUGGACGUAAAAUCGCUAUUGAUUAUUGGGUUCACAUUGAACUACAUCUUUCUGGAUUUUUCACAAACAUUGAACUUGAUAUUCCAAUAAUACUCGCUGCGGCAUCUCUAACAAGUAUUGAUGCUCCACCGAAGCAAGAAUCAAUUCCAUUGCCUUUAGAGAAUAUGUUGGAUGAAGUUUUGAAGACGGACACUGAUAACGCUGUCUAA